AUGCACUUUACCCUUGCCGUCACCACCCUAGUUGCCGCCGUCACCGCCGCGCCUGGUGCGAAUGUCACAGUCGCCAGCAAGAUGGCCACGAUGUCCGUCGCCGAUGCUGACGAGCAGUGCGGCUCCAACUACCAGAUCUACUGCUGCAAUGAGCUCGCCGGCAAGGACAAGAAGCCCCAGGACAUGACGUCCGCCAUGGCUCCCGGCCAGACCCCCAAACCCGGUCUGCUCGAUGGCCUUCUCGGUGCCGUCGUCGGUCCUGAUGGUCUUCUCUCCCACCUUCUCGGCCAGUGCUCGCGCAUUGAUGUCGCCGUCCCCGGUGCUGCCGAUACUCUCAGCUCGCAGUGCAGAGCUCGUGCUGCCUGCUGCCGCGACACCCCCUCUGUCGCUUAUGGUGGUCUCAUCAACGUCGCUCUGCCGUGUAUCGCUCUUGACAGCAUCGUCGGCUAA